GGUUGUUUACCGAGUCCACACCCAAACUUUCCACUUGGACCGUCAUCCAUCCACGAAGGGCUGCCGACACGCCAAAAAAAAGACGCCAUCAUGGCUCCGUCCGCGGUCGGAAAGACGACGAACGGCUGGGGUCCGGCCCGCAAAAGCUACAGCAUCGCCUCCAUCGGCGGCGACGGCAUCGGGCCCGAGGUCAUCUCGGCGGGCAUCGAGGUGCUGCAGGCGCUGGCGCAGUCACUCGGCACGUUCGACCUCCACUUCACAGAGUACGACUGGAGCUCCGAGUCGUACAAGCGGACCGGGAGGUACAUCCCGGAGGGCGGCCUGGACCAGCUGAGGAAGCACGACGCCAUCCUCUUUGGCGCCGUGGGCUCGCCGGACGUGCCCGACCACAUCUCCCUCUGGAGCCUCCGGCUCGAAAUCUGCCAGACGUUCCAGCAGUACGCCAACGUGCGGCCGACGCGGGUACUGCGCGGGACGCAGUCGCCGCUCCGUGCCUGCCGGCCGCGCGACCUGGACUGGGUCAUCGUGCGCGAGAACAGCGAGGGCGAGUACGCGGGCCAGGGGGGCCGCUCGCACCGGGGCCAGCCGUACGAGGUGGCGACCGAGGUGGCCAUCUUCACGCGCCAGGGGGUCGAGCGGCUGCUGCGGUUCGCCUUCCUGACGGCGCGGUCGCGCCCCCGCCGCCUGCUGACCGUCGUGACCAAGAGCAACGCCCAGCGCAACGGCAUGGUGCUGUGGGACGAGGUGGCGGCCGAGGUGGCGCGCGAGUUCCCCGAGGUGACGUGGGACAAGAUGCUGGUCGACGCCAUGACGGCGCGCAUGGUGCUCAAGCCCGAGAGCCUGGACACUAUUGUCGCCACGAACCUGCACGCCGACAUCCUCUCGGACCUGGCCGCCGCCCUCGCCGGCUCCAUCGGCAUCGCGCCGACGAGCAACCUGGACCCGACGCGGCGCAGCCCCUCCAUGUUCGAGCCCAUCCACGGUUCUGCCUUUGACAUCGUCGGAAAGGGGGUCGCGAACCCGGUCGCCACCUUCUGGACCGCGGCCGAGAUGCUGAAGUGGCUGGGCGAGAAGGACGCGGCCGCGCAGCUGAUGGAGUGCGUCGAGGCCGUGUGCGAGGGCCGCGUCGCCACCCCGGACCUGGGCGGCCGCGCCUCGACGCGCCAGGUCACGGCCGCCGUCGUCGCCGCCAUCAAGGCCCGCGCCGACAGGUCCGCCAAGGCGCUCAACGGGAGCGCGCUGAUCCUGGACGGGUACGGGUCCCUGUGCUGAGGGGGGGGGCGUGUGUGUGUGUUGGGGGUGAGUGGGGGUGUGAUGCAGAGGUGGGAAUGGCUAUCUCAACGCCAGGUUUGAGCGCUACAACCUAUCCAGUCCUGUAUGAACAAGUCAUGAUUCUACUCACCAAGAAAUACGGCGUUGCUUUUUCUCUUGUUUGCAUCCCGCAGUAUCAUUCAGGCUCAAGAAAUUGGGUUUUUGUCCAGGCCGAACAUGCCAUCCCUUGUUUAUUUGUUCCUACUCUAUUCUUUCCAUGACUCCCCUAUUCCUCCCAUCUCCCUGCUGACUGUUUCUUACUUACCUCUCCGUGCCUAAACUCCCG